AUGCUCGCCGGAGCCGAAACGCCAAGCCUGCGACGGCGCAGGCUGAGCGACAACAGCCGGCGGGAUGGAGUGGGGAUGGAGGAGUCGAGCCGCAAGAGAAAGCGGCGGAUCCUGUCCUGUGACACGUGCCGAAGGCAGAAGUGUCGGUGUGAGCUCGACGAGGAGUCUGAGGCGUGCGCGAGGUGUCGUUCGUUAAGGUUCCGAAGCCUAGAAGCGUCCAUAGUCGACCUCAAGGCAACGGUGCAGGCGCUAGCAUCGGGAAGCCGGCCAGAAGUGAGAAGGACGUUGGCAGCAGGGCGCCAAGAGAGGCUCCAUCAACCGCAGCAGCAGCAGCAGUCGCCGGCCGAAAAGAGCGUUGUUGACGAUCAUGGCUCUGACAAGGCCAGAGGCACGGAGGACGUCGAACCAGGGGACCGACAUGUCUAUUUGUCCCCAGCCGAGGUUGUUCGGAAAGUUGGAAGCCAGCUGAGUGGAGGCUAUCGCAGAACAUUCGAUGUCCAAGCCGACGUCGUCUCGUCAGGCAUUUUGGACGACAAGACGGCUCGUGAUUUGGUUGCAGAAUUCGUCAGUCGAAGGCAGAAUACGCUCCUGAUCAACAGCGAAGCCGACCUCGCCCCAAAGAACAGGGACCUCCGGCAUGCCUCGCCCUUUUUGCACGAUGCCUGCUGUCUACACGCGAUGCGCUUUUCCAAGCACAGCUCGUCGGUGCUGCACCGUCGCGUGUUUGAGCACGUGCGCUUGCAGAUGGGCCAGCUGAUGAUUGCGAGCCCGUUGCCUUUGGAAGAGUUGACGGGCAUCAUGAUUAUGGCUUUAUGGGCUUCGGCACCAUCGGGGCCGGAAUAUAUCGACAGCUGGCUGGUGAGCGGCCAUUGUGCGCAACAGGCCAUGUUGAGCAUCAACUUCUCGGAAGUCCUGUCGCGGACGAAAUCGAGAACAUCGACAGAUGAGGACCAAAGGGUCAUGCGACUUUGGGCCAACACGUGUUUGGUAAAUCUCCAUUGGGCCGCGACCACUAGUCGUCCGGCGACCGUACCGGCUGCAUACCUCCAGCAGUGCAAGCUCCUCCUCAACUUUGAAAAGCCGACAAUGCUCGACGCGAUGGUCUACGCCGAGAUUAUGCUUUACAUGAUCCUCCAGGACAAGUUCGCGCAACGAUCUUACUUAAGAUGCGAUGGCGCAUGUGAAGAACUUUCGGCAUGGAAGGCGAGAUGGAAUUACCUAUUCGAUCUUCCAGCCGCAUCAACAUUGAGGAUAAGUUACUCAAUAGCGUGGCUCAUUCUCGCCAGGCGUUCACUCGAACACGACCAAGCCACCUCGGACCAAGACUCCUUGUCCAGCUCACCGAGACUUGCUCCGACAGACGUACGAGCGGGAAGAACACACAGAAACGCGGAUUCGCAGAGCCAGAGCCUUUCCGACAUGACGCAGUCGCGCGUGCGAGCCUUUGCGACAGACGUCGUCAAGGCCUUUGUCGACAUGCCAGGUUCCCGCGCCGAGGAGCUGCCCGAGUUUCAUCGCCUGUGUGUCGCCUACGCGAUGCUCAUCAUAUCCAAAUACGAGCAAAGGUUGCCGUUGCUUGGAAGUGAGGGCGCGGGUGUGGGGGAGGGCGACGAUGUCGUACUGGAGCUCCUGCGCGCGGCGCAGAGGCACAACGGCGUCCGGGGGAACAGCGCGCCGUCUGCGAUUCAAUUCGGACUGGAAAGGGCUUUGAAAAAGGUUGCGGAAAGAACGGAAGCCCGCGCCGGUAGCACUUCCGGUACUGUUGCCGGAGGCGACGGCCACGGGUUGCCGGAUGUGGGAAUGUCAUUCAUGAGAAGUGGGAACGUUCGGGGUCUGCCGGCCGCGGCAACAACAGCGACUUGGACACACCAUCAUCAGGACAAUGUGCCAGGCCAACAACAUGACCAUAACCCGUCCUCUUUCACGGGGGCGACACUAGUCCCGGAGUUUGACGAGUCGCUCUCCUUGGAGACAAUGGAUAUCUUCUUCAGCGGCGGCCACCUUGGGCUCGGCGACCACUCAUACUUUUGA